AUGCAGCCUGGCCCCGCCCCAAUUUCCAUGUUUUGGCGGGAGCGGGAAUUUCCAAGCGCAACAACAAGAGAAGGUGCUGUAGAGAACCAGCCAGGGCUGUCCACUGCCCACUCCCUCCCCACACGGCCCGGAGACAUCCCCCCCAGCACCCAGAUGGCUCGACAGGACAUGCCCAAGGACCAGUUUCAUGCUGUGGGAAUCAUCUUCUUCAUCCUGGGUCUGGGCACCCUCCUGCCCUGGAACUUCUUCAUCACGGCCAUCCCGUAUUUCAAGGCCCGGCUCAUUGUGGGGACCAGCUUGACCGUGGGCCUGGGGGGAAACAGCUCUGGGACGCAGCGGGACCCAGCCCGGGAUGAGUUCAACUUCAACAACUGGCUGACGCUGCUCUCACAGCUCCCGCUGCUGCUCUUCACCCUGCUCAACUCCUUCCUCUACCAAUGCAUCCCGGACAAGGUGCGGGUCCUCGGCAGCAUGAGUGGCAUCCUCCUCCUCUUCAUCCUCACGGCCGUGCUGGUCAGAGUGGAAAUGCCCUCCCACAGCUUCUUCUCCGUCACCAUAAGCUCUGUGUGGUUCAUUAACUCGUUCUGCGCCGUCCUGCAAGGCAGCCUGUUCGGGCAGCUGGGCACCCUGCCCCAGGGCUACAGCACUCUCUUCCUGAGCGGUCAGGGCAUGGCCGGGACCUUCGCCGCCAGUGCCAUGCUGCUCUCCAUGGCUAGUGGUGCGGAUGCGCAGACGUCUGCCCUGAGCUACUUCAUCACCCCCUGUGUCGGGACCCUGAUGUCCAUUGUCUGCUAUCUGGUGCUGCCCCGUAUGGCCUUCUUCCGUCACUACCUGGAGCGGGGUUGGCAGCGUGACCCACGCAAUGAGCUGGAGACCAAGGCUGGGCUGCUGGGCACCGAGGAACAGAGUGGGGACCAGUCGGAGAGGUCUGGGGAGGAGCCAAUGCUGGGAAUGGCCAACGGGACACUCAGGACAUUGGAGGAGAUCAGUGUGGAGAGCUCCGGGAAGGGAGCCUUCGCCCUGCACAAUGGGACAGCCACCAGUGCCCAGAACGGGGGGCCGGGACCAGAGAGACCGUCAGUGUUCAGUGUGCUCCGAAAGAUCUGGCUGCUGGCACUCUGCAUUGUCAUGGUUUUCACUAUCACCCUGUCCGUGUUCCCUGCCAUCACUGCCACCGUCACCAGCACCUCGGAGAGCAAGCAAUGGAGUGAGUUCUUCACCCCUGUUUGCUGCUUCCUGUUGUUCAACAUGAUGGACUGGCUGGGCCGCAGCAUCACCUCAUACUGCCUCUGGCCAGAGAAGAGACUAUGGCUACUCCCCCUGCUGGUGGGCCUGCGCUUCCUGUUUGUGCCCCUGCUGAUGCUAUGCCAGGCCGAGCCCCGCACCCGCCUGCCCGUGCUCUUCCACCAUGACGCCUGGUUCAUCCUCUUCAUGCUGCCUUUCUCGCUCUCCAAUGGCUACUUCGUCUCGCUCACCAUGUGCCUCGCCCCCAAGCAGGUGCUGCCGCAGGAGAGCGAGCUGGCUGGAGCCAUCAUGACCUUCUUCCUGGCACUAGGGCUGUCGUGUGGGGCUGGGCUCUCCUUCCUCCUCAAGGCCCUGCUGUGA